CGACUCCGAGGUCCGCCCCACGCGAAAACUAGAGCGCUUCGAAGGACGAGAGGCAUCAGAAGCCAGCGGCCAAGACAGUUGCAGCCAACUUUGCUCAUCCUGACCUCCCCUUCGGGAAAGGACGUCCCGUAGUUGUCAACGCCUGACGUGUUGAGCCCCCUCGUCGGAGCCUGCAGCUGUAUCAACGUCGAGAAAAGAAAGGUCCACGGGACUCUAUUCAACGUCGAGCGUUCCCAAACCGGCCGGCCCGCCCUUCUCGGCAUCCAAGCUUCAAAACUUUGCUCACGACUCACAGCCUAUACAGUCACCCUUCCAUCACCCCUAGGACAAACGUCAGCCGCUGACCCCCGGUGCACUCUCUGCGCUCUACACUUUUCCAGUAGCAGAAUGCAGUCGCAGCUGGUCGCCCUCACUUUAGUAGUCAUUUUCCUUGUGGGAACAGUGCUGUCUGUGCCCUACAACAACUACGAUGACACCCUCUUAGAUGAAUACAAGCAGCGACUCGAGAACUACUUGAUGUCUGCUGAUAAACGCAGCUGCAUCCGACGGGGUGCAACCUGUGAUGGCCGACCCAACGACUGCUGCAACCAGUCGGCUUGCCGCUGCAACCUCUGGGGCACCAACUGUCGUUGCCAGAGGGCCGGCCUCUUCCAGUCGCUGGGCAAGAAGUGAGCAGGCCAACCCGGCUAACAGCGGUCCACGUCGGUCCGGCAAAAACAACAACAACGCCGUCGUCUCUGUUCUCCGGUGUGGAUGUAAAAAAAAAAGAGCUUUGUGUUGUCUUCACAAAUGUCGUUCGCUGUCGUACAUUGUUGAGUGCGCAACUGGCAGUCUAGUUUGUGUACCGGACGAACAAAUCAUGUGGGGUUGAAAGCGGGACAACCCAAAAUGCGGGGAAAGUCCUUAUUUAAUGCUGGUUUCGUGAACUUAGUUUUCCUUCUUUGGUAGUCAACCAAAGCAUCAGAUUUUGAUGCUAGUAAUGACAACAGAAACGCUUUGCUUUGUUCACUUUAAGAUUCUGUCAUUGAAGCCGAUGGUGACAUAGCUGUUUAUAUAUUUUCUCCAUUGUACAAGCAAACUGCUGUUUAUUCCAGAAACAACACAUCGUUCUGCAUGUUUGUAGAGCCACUGACACAGUGUCAUGGCGCCCAGAAACGCGUUUGCCGGUUUAGACGCAGAAGAUUUGAAACAUUGUCGUUCAUGCCCAGGCUGACACAGGACGGAAAAAAGGCAUGCGUGUGAAUAAAACAUGACGUAUUAUAUUUGUUGUUUAUCAUGUCAAAAGUGAAAGGCUGUAAACUUUAUGUAUGUAUCAUCUAUAUCGUAAGCGAUGUGUUCACCUGUGUUCGGGAAACUAUAGAGAUUAUAUGAAUGUCACUCAAAGAUUUCAACCAAGGGUGUAUUGUUGGCUUUACUACCUAACAACGUUGUUGUCAGUUAGUGAUUCACUGUGAUCUCGAUGUCGUUGAUUGUUGUUCGUGGGAAGGAAAUGGUAUCCUCAUGCUGAUGUGACUGUUGCGAGACAGCUGCCUGGCAUCCUUCUUCUUGAAGUUGUUGGUAUCAAUUCGAAUGGUCGUUGCUCGCAUUUCAAAUAUGUGAAUUAACUGUUAUUUUGCUUGGAUGCGUAACACGCCCUGUAAGUAUCUUCUAAAUGACCAUCACACCCGUUGAAUUAUUGGGAGUGAUACUGAAAAUGGGAGUCACCCCGUAGAGAUACGUCCUUGACGCCGUUCAAUACGAAUAUUACUGUCACUUAAGGUCUCAUGAAAUAUGAAAAUUCUCGAAUACUUUGGCUAUCCAGGCUUCUGCGGAAUGACAUCUUGGAAGCUCCAUGGACAUCGCUUUGCUGAACCGUAGAUUUACGUGACGAUAGCAGCAACCUAGCACAUGGCAUAAAUUCUCACGACAUUGCAGUUUUUUCCGUGCUAAGUGUUUGCACCUACCUCUGUCAAAAUAUGCCCAAAUGGUUCGGCAAAUUCCUUCUUUUCCUGCAUGUGUGUUAUUUCCGCGCUUUACCGGCAUUGUUCGACUGGCGUAUAGAAAGAACUGGAGUGUAUCUUUCUCCUUGAAACAUGUCUGUAAAGAACCAACGACAACGCCAAGUAACUCUUUGGUGUCGCCCUUUCAAUGCAAUUCGCAGAACACCUUCAGAAAAUAUUGUGGUUUGCAAAGAAAUUGUAUAGUUCUUCUCCACGACCCAACUUUUGUACAGUUUUAUCUCCCGUCCUGGCAAAAGAAUCAGUUUGAACGUGAUCUACACAUAGGAACAAAAGAAUCCUCUGUUCCCUUACAGAAUGUGAAAAGAAAAAAGAUUCGGGUAUUGAGGAGGUAAUUAGGUCUACUGUGGCUGGCAGUGAAUGAGCGUUUCUCGCAUAUAGGUUGUUCGUGCAAUAGGGCUUCCUGGGCCACGAUCGUCUGUGGCUUCCUUAGAAAACAAAAACAAAAAAGGGUGACAAACGACUCCCCGGGUUCGAGCAGCUUGAACGUUGCUUCGAAACGACACGACUUAAGCAAAGGCUCUCGACCUGAAUGUGUGAUACUUAGAUGUACCUCUAUCCCAUUCCUCCAGCACAUAUUGCCGUCUCCAUCCCCUAUGCGUGAUUCACAACAGCGCCGUGUUGUUAAACCGUACUGCAUGUGCAGCUCGUGGGUUUCAAACCGACACAAUAGUGUUCCCCUUGUAUACGUUACUUUUCUCUCUGUUCAUCUCUUUUUUGUAGUGAUGAGUUGUGCGUGAAUAAAGUGGGAAUAUAUUUUCGAGUCCUUUA